GGAGCCAGAGGAGGUCAAGGGUCAGGAGGACAAGGGGGAGGAGGAAGACCAGGAGGCGCAGGAGGAUGAAAGCGGCCUCCCCGCCACCAGAGAGGAGCACGACAUCUCGCUUUUCGUCAAGGCCGGCUGUGACGGCGAGAGCAUCGGCAACUGCCCCUUUUCUCAGCGCCUCUUUAUGAUCCUGUGGCUUAAGGGAGUCAUAUUUAACGUGACCACGGUGGACCUGAAAAGGAAACCCGCCGACUUGCAGAAUCUGGCUCCGGGCACCAACCCGCCCUUCAUGACGUUCGACGGAGAGGUGAAGACGGACGUGAAUAAGAUCGAGGAGUUCCUCGAAGAAACGUUAGCCCCUCCAAGGUACCCCAAGCUCAGGGCCCGGCACACGGAGUCCAAUUCGGCCGGCGACGACGUGUUUGCCAAGUUCUCCGCGUUCAUAAAGAACACCAGGAAGGACGCCGAUGAGGGCCUGGAGAGAAGCUUGCUCAAAGCCCUGUGCAAGCUGGACGCCUACCUGAACGCCCCUCUGCCCGCGGAAAUCGACGCCUACAGCGGCGCGGCCGUGCCCGCCUCCAGUCGCAAGUAUCUGGACGGGAACGAGCUCAGCUUGGCCGACUGCAACCUCCUCCCCAAGCUCCAUAUCAUCAAGGUGGUGGCCAAGAAGUACCGCAACUUUGAGUUCCCCCCGGAGCUGAGCGGGCUCUGGAGGUACCUGAACAACGCCUACGCCCGCGACGAGUUCACCAACACGUGUCCGGCGGACCGGGAGAUCGAGUUCGCCUACCUGGACGUCGCCAAGAGGACCAAGUGAGGGGACCGACGCCGUGACCGGUCGGCUCGGGGUAGGCCAGGGCGGGAGCCCAUCUCGCAUCCCCCCCCAACACCGUGCCAGUCCGGGGACAGCCCAACGGAGCCGGUUCUGCCCGCAGCCCCCGUCGAAACCAAGAGUCCUAACGAGGGCGCGCCUUAAACGUUUCCCGUGUGACAGGCACCAGACUGAGUGCGGCGGGGGUAAAUAGAAGCAAAACUAAUUAAGGUUAGACUGUGUCCAACCUCAGCCCCCAUUUUACAGAAGAGGGAGCGGCGGAGCCGGGAUCAGAACCCACGGGCCUGUGCUGUAGCCACUAGGCCAGGCUGCUCCUCAACGGAAAGGAGACGUAAUUCCCAGAUGGGGCCAGGAAUCAGGGAUUUCCUAAACGCAGCCCACCCGGGUCCUGUGGUCUUUGUCUUUAGGAGCGAGAUAAGUCAUCUCUUUUAGGUCAUUUUUGAACGUUGCUAAUGGCUCUGUCUUUUCACAGUCUUUCCAUUGUCCAGGUGCCUUACAAAAUAAAAAGAAAUUCCAU